GCGCGCGGUGUCUAUAAAUUUAGUUUUAAAAUCUCGAUCUUUGAUAAGCGAUAACUUUAUAUUUUUGUAUUAGAAAAUAUGAAAAUAAAAAAAUACGUGUUUGUUUAAAUAACUUAAAGUUUAUUAUCACAAAAUCUUCGCAGUGGUUUUAAAAUAUUCCUAUAUAGAUAAACGGAUAUUUUAUUAUAAGUACCGUUUUUAUGAUUUUUGUUGCUGAUUUACAUAUAAAAAUAUUAUUGAGACUUGAUGUAGUUUUGUUGUUGUAAUUUCAACAAACAACAAAUAGCAUUAAAACUAACUUACCUAGUUGUUAUUGUUUUCAGAACUUUCGUUAAAUAUUAUAAUGAAAAAUUCACAUUCCUACUAUGGCAUAAGUAUUUUAUUUAUAAGAACUAUUUGGCGGCAAUAUUAUUGUAUACCGUAGUUAAAUGCCACUUUUAAUUAUAUCACAGCAUUAAUUCAAUUGAUUUCCAUAGAUUAAAAAAAACCUCUGUGCUCACUUCCAUUAUAUUAGUUUCCAUUUUCCUCUAUACAAAUAAAAAAGAAAUUUAUUCAAAGAUUGUAUUGAUCGAGUUGCGUUUGCAUACUCUUAUCUUUAACUCAAUAUUAAUCCGAGUUAUCAGAUCCAAAACAACACUAACAAUUUUAUUCUUUGGUUUAACGUCAUGAAUUGACGUUUAGAUCCAAUCCAACAAUUUGUGCUGCCAUCUAGACACAUAUUUUUUUUUUGUUUCUUUAUUUUUUUUAAUACUCCCUCAUUGCAUGAACUGCUCUUUGUUAGACUUUACUCUUUGGCGUGAAUUGUCAACUUUACGAGACGAGCGAACGAGUCACAGAAAAAAAUCUAUUUUUAUCUACAUUACGGGUUAAUAAUACAAAUAUUUAUGCAGGCCGACGAGGAGGACAGCGCGUUGCAUUCAUGCUUCGAUUCGCUGAAGAGCGCAGUCAUGGGUUGCUGCUAUAGUAUCUGCCACAAAGAAAAUGAUGCGCAGGAAAAUACCAUAAAUGAGCGGACUCAUCUAUUGGAAGUACCGGAACAGCAACAGGAGACACCAGUUCCAGUAGUGUCAGCAUCAACACCACCACGUAAACAAGAUGAACAGAGUGCUCUUAAUAGAAUACUACAUGAGACUGCCACGAACGUGAUAGACGUAGGUGCGUUGGGCCCGUACGCGCUAGAGCCGGGUGCGUACAGUGAGCGUGUGCGCGCGUACACGGCACGAGUGGCGGCCGCGGUCCCGCCCCCCACGCCCGCACCGCCGAGACUUCUAGCGGACGUACCGCAAGCGGAGAGGACCGCCCUACUUAGCAAAGCGGGGCUUAGUAACGACGAUAAAGACUUUGUGAGUACUACUCAUACUGAUAUUCAUGAUAUAUCAGCCUCAGGUGCUGCAGUCUCGACAGAGUUUGCGAUCUGUUACAAACUACUUAUUACGCGACGCGAAAUCUAUAAUCGUUAAUGUCACAAGAAGUAAUUAUAAAGGUUAACAUAAAAUAAAUACAGUGCAAAUGAAACAAGUUUAAAAAAAAACAAAGUUGUGCGCUGUGAAACAUAUCGCGAUAUUACCAAGUUCGGUCGCUAACGCAUAAUAAUAAUAUUUAUUAGACCACAGCAAAACAAAACACAUGAUUUUCAAAAAUUAGUAAAUACACUUUAUGUAGAAAAAUGUACUUGCUUAAAAAACAUCUGAAACGUAUGAUAAACUUAUCUUUUAAAUAUUAUAAAUAUGUUGUUUUUAGUUUUAUAAAUAUGAUACAACAUUGAUUGAAUACGCCCUUGCCGAUAGCGUCGCCUUGUGCGGUGUGUCAUUCGACCAGUGAGUCUCUCGUCUGAGUUCUCGGAAGCAUAACCACUUAAACUCCUGAGAAUGGAGAGAUUAUUAUUGUUUUCAUUUCCGAAGGUUUAAAAUUUAAAAAUUAAUAAUUUACAUCAUUCUAUGUCUAUUUUCAGAUAUCGAAUUCAGUAAAGAAAGCGGCGGCUGCGAUAUCGGAACUACGCGUGGAACACCACGAAGACCUUGUAGUGCCUUUCCGGGUCCCGUAGCCUUCAGCGCCGCCAUACUGGCAAGUAAUGCACUGAUUUUAAAGAUAUUAUCACAACUUUAACUCUUUUUUUAAAAAAAAAAGAAACAUUUAGAUAUUUGCAAAAAUGAGUUUUUAUGAUUAUAUAGUUUCACUUUUAAAAAUGGAAUGGAGGAAAAUGGGAGAAUUAAUCAGUUUUAAAGCAGUUUAUCUGCCUCUGAUAAAGCUAAUUAAAAAUCAACAAAAAGCCCAAUAUCAAAUUGUAAAUGGCAAUAUUAAUAGUAAUCGAUAACUGAGCAAAUUUGUCUUUUUUUGUGAUUAGAAUGAAUUGUAAACAUACACAGUCUAAAAAUAUGUACACAUAAUUUUCAAGUCACUCUUAUUGUGAUCAGAAUAAGAGACAAAUUUGUAUGAAUAUUUUUGUAUGAUUUAAGUAGCUAUCGCUAGGUGUUGUGGGGUAAAUUAGAAUACCAAUUGGAUCAGCUCCUUGUAGCCAAAAUGAGAAUUUACUGGUCAUUACUUUGAAUAACUUUAAUAAAUAAAUCAAAUCAGAAAUUCUUAAAAGUCUGGAACUUAUUAAAUGUCUUGAAAAUGUAUUUCAUCACAAAAAUAUAUAUAAUUAUUAAAAAUUGUUUAGUGGAUAACUUCCUUAAACAUUUUAAUAUUAUAUUUUACCAAAUCCAUUAUACAAUAGACACGUUCAUAUGUUUAUUAAAAAAAAUAUAUCUAUAACAACUGUCGAACAGAAUGGAUUUGAAGUAUAAUCACAGCUUAUAAAUUAAUAUUUAUUGCAGAAGUUGAAACAAGUUGGUAG